GACAGAAAAGAGCAGAGGCUCUGAGCUGUCCGAUCAGGUCCAUUGUCUACUCGUCCGUCAUUAGCAGUCCCAACACGCCCGUGCGUUUUCCCCCCCCACUAAACUCAGACUACCCUUUUAGUUAUAUCAUCUCCGGUCACUGCGUGAAGCUCCUCCCGGAAAAUAGAGAGAGACACUGUUAUGAGAAAAACAGCAAAAGAAUCAGCUGGAUUCUUUCAUAUCAAGAUGAUGUGGAGUCUUUGGAUCCUGCUGGGCACCGUUCUCAGUGUGGAUGGCUACGUGGUGCCCGACCUGCACAAGCGUCUGUCCCACGGGCAUCAGCUGAAGAUCUACCUCCCGAAGAGUGCUGAGAAGCUGGAGUUCACCCCCGCUGCAGAGCCCCUGAAGACGUACCUGUACUGGGACCGUGGGUCCCGGGCCACCAGAGGAAAGGUGUCUGGGACAGGAACCGACAGGAGCUGGUAUCUGGACAAAGUGACUUACAAGGACCAGGGGACCUAUGUCCAGAGAGACUACUGGAACAAGGAGAUCUCCUCGCUCAAAGUGGCUGUGACCACCAGGCGUGAGUACACGAAGUGCGUGGUGGGCGAGGAACUCCACAUCUCAUUGGAGGGCAUCGACCAGGCCGACGCCACGCUCUCCUUCUCGGGCGCCAACGCCAACGUCACCCUGGUGCAUGAUGGGGCAGUGGUGGCCCAGGACCUCCCGGACUACUGGAACCGGGUCAAGACCCUUUCCACCAAGAUCAGCAUCCAGAACGUCAACACCUCGGACGUGGGCUACUACACGCUGAAGGACACGCGAGACCGGGUGGUCGCCAUCGUCAGGAUGGAACUCACAGACAAACAUGAGUAUGAAGCAGGCAACCCCCUCAUGGCCCUCCUCCUCCUGCUUGGUAUCCCCGCCAGUAUCUGCUUCUGUUGCCGGAAGAGGAUCUUCAAGAACAAAUCCCCCGACACCACCGCCAUCCAACUGGACAACCCCGAGACUCCGCACCCCCCUCCCGGCUACAACAUGCCCGGAGGAGGGGUGUCCCCUGGACCUGGUGUGCCGGGAGGUUACCCUCAGGUUUACCCUCCCCCCAACCCUGGGAUGCCUGGCCAGCCUCAAUGGACCGGACCCCCACCUCAACCAUGCUUCAACCCAGGCUACCCCUCCCAGGACCCUUUGUACCCCCCUGCCCAGCCCCCACAGUGGAAUGGCCCACCACCCAACCAGCCACAGUACAACCCUGGUGCUCCUCCGAUGGGGUAUGCGCCGGUGAUGUACAGCGCCCCCUCAGGGAAUGAGGAGAUAAAGAUGGAGAACAUGUCUCCUGCUGAUCCCCUCCUUGCCCAUCCACCACCCCAGGUCCCCCCGCCCACCUCUGAAACUCUGCACUCCACAGACGGAGCCUUCCAGUUCAACAUCGACACAGGAAAAAAUGCCCCCACCAACUUCCUGUAGAACGCCUGUCAUCGGUCCAAUCAGGAGCGGCCUUAGUAAUGUUGCCACGGCUCCGUCCGGAAUACGGUUCAAUGGCUUCCUUUGCUCAUCUCCUUGACUGUGACCACUUAUAUAAAUGGGGAGGGAUAGGAGAGGAAGCAGUAUGUUGUAGAUGUAACUGUGACCUAGACAUUGCCCCUCAAAUCACCUAUCCAUCCUUUUCUGGUGAGUGUUAUACUGUUUUCUGACAUUAUUAUUAUUAUUCCUUUUAAAAAGGCAUAUUUAGAUGACCCCCGUUAAACCAUGGGGCCUGUUUGCGAUUCAAACUAGGGAGGUGUUAAACAAUGGAAGUGUUAAUGAAUUUCCCUGCAAAAAGACAGAGAUCCAUUCUCAUAGAUACCGUUUUUGUUUGUUUUUUUUGGUUACAGGGUCUGUGAAAAAACAGGUUUCAUUACUAGGUCUCGGUGGUUUUUAAAAAUGUACCCAUGUUUUUUUUAUUUUUUACUCCCUACCCCUUUUCACAUAUACAAAAACGAAAGUAACAAUUUUAUUUUUUAUUUUUUUUGUCUCUGUGUAAAUGGGAUAUUAGUGAAGGAAAGGAGAUCAUUUAAAAGGACUAUUUCCUGUAUAGCUGUGAUGAAGUCAGUCAAAAUGUCUGGGCGGGGGGGGGGAAACGUGUCAAACUUAAUCAGAGGCCAGAUCCCUACCCUUCUCCAGAAGUGUGCACAGAUCCCUACCCUUCUCCAGAAGUGUGCACAGAUCCCUACCCUUCUCCAGAAGUGUGCACAGAUCCCUACCCUUCUCCAGAAGUGUGCACAGAUCCACUCCCUCUCAUGCAUUGGAUUAGUGCAAAAAAUGUCUUUGAGGGAGUUUCCACCAUAUUCCCAGUCCAGUUAUUUUUAGAAGGGGAGUGUACAAGAGAAUUGGAAUGUAGCCCAUAGAAUGAUAGAGGCCUCUAGUGGCCAAAAGGCAGUAUUGGCAUGUGCAGCGCCAUUGAGGGCUUCCACCAAUUUAACACUGGUCGUGUUCCCCUGCGGAGGCGCUGCAUGCAUCAACCAAUGGUUGCGUGCCACGUCAUCGGCUGUGCCGUCGUGCACAGUCGAUAACAUGUGGUUAGCUGAUACGUAAAAUAGCUAUCCAACAGUUGUAAGAUCUGGCAUUUGUCUGAGGAUAGGAACACAACCGAUAACUGCCUGAGAACUCCCUACCUGGAACCAAAAAUAGGGACAGCCAAAGAACCUUUUUGGAAAUGUUUUUUUUCUAAGUGUAUCAUAAUCCAAUCAGAACCCACAUCACUCCUAAUCAUACAAUCAGAAGAUGCUAGGACAAAUCAUCAUCCACUCGGUAGACCAAGUAAAGCUCUCCGCCAGUCAGGUAGCCACUUCCUGUUGUGUAUAUUUAGUGUGUGUGUGUGUGUAAAAUAUAUAUAUAUGCAAAUACGAUCAGAAAUGACUUUACUUCCCAAAGUAUAGCCGUUUUCAUUAUAUGCAUGAUGUAUCAUUUUAGUUCUACAUAUGAAACUGCUGUCAUUUCAACAGGGUGGGUAUGUAGUUAACUUAUUAAUACACUGGGAGGGCGCUAUUUUAUUAAGACGUUAUACAUCGUCUGCAUCCCCCUCAAAAGUAGUGUACUAUAGGGUGCCAUUUGCAACACACAUCAUCUUGGUUUAAAAGGCUCAUUUUGGUAUUUAAAUAUAAAAUCCUAUUUCUCUUAAAUAAUGACGCACUCCUGAAGGUUUUACAGACAGUUCGAGCGGAUCACUUUUGUCAAGUCAGUGGCCACCACCUUUCAAAGUGUGAUGCAUUAUUGGGAUAAAAAUGAUCCCACUUGUGCCUAAAUGUCAACUGCAUGAGCUUACCAAAAAAAGGUAAUAUGAAGUUUUGACUGCAUGUUUCUGCAGUUGCUCUUCACCAACUUCCUCCUGCAGCCAUCGCCUGCAUUGUGGGAGGCUCUAUUAGUCAACCAAUCAUUAGGUUGUUUUUGUUUGACCCACACGAACAUGACUAACAUGUUGAUUCUUGACUGAAAAAGGAACCAACUUUGCCUUGAUUUAUGUAUACAGUGGAUAUAUACAAAAUGAAUGUGAUAGGAGUCUCAUUGUUUGUACAAUGUACACCCGCAUGAUUUCAAAUUAUGAUUGUGUGAUAAGGGAGUUGGAGACGUGAUUAUUUUAACGUUACAAAGAAAUACUUUCAUAACAAUGGCAACACUUAUGUUCGUCUGAGAUUUGGUGCAAAACCACGUGCCCAAACUUGGCUGUUGCCGUUGCUCCUCCCCCGAUUUCACUCCUCGAAUUUAAUCUAGUCGUUUGCUUAAGCCUUAUCACACAAACGCAUCCAGUGCCGCCUUGUCCUGGGGUAUCUUCAUAAGUGCACAAUGAAGCAAACAGUAACAACUUUUUGGGAUAAAUUCAGUUAGUCCCUACCCGUUUCAACCUCUUUGCUUCCGUUAGGUUCCUAAUGAAUGUACCCCUGGUCAGGUCAGGGGGUGAGAAAUGUAUUUUACAUGAUUAUAUUCAGGGAGAGGUCAUUUCCAGACCAUGUAACCAGAACAGUGAACUCCUGGCCCUAGUUGGUCAAGGAAAAAAAAUCUCAAUUGGAGAAGGGCAGAUGAGAAGGCCUCUUGAUUACGCUUAAACUUUUGGAGUUACUUUUAAAACGUUUUUCGCACCAACUGUCUCAUCACCCUACACCAAACACGCUUUAAAAGGAAUGGACAGAUCUCAAAUGUAGGUAAUAGGAAGUAUGCAUGAGUUUUGUUUUAUUUGAGAACUUGUUUGUGUUGUAUACUGCCAUAACUGGAAAGGCGUGAGAAUGAAAGGUGAUCCGUGUAGACAUGAAGAAAAUAUGAUUUCCAAUGACAUAUCACGAGACCUUAUGGAAUGUUUAGUGUUUCUAUUCUGCGAAUAUCAAAAGCAUUUAUUGUAGGACAUGCAUAGGUCCACCUCAAUAAACAGAAAACACAA